CGCGUUCCGCUGUCCUCUUUCCUCCAGUCCCUUGGCCCGGAGUCUCUGAGAGACGGCGAUAUGGAAGAGAAAGUGGAGUCCACCACUGUUCCAGACGGCUCGUGCGUGGUGUCCGUACAGGAGACCGAAAAGUGGAUGGAGGAGGCGAUGCGAAUGGCCAAAGAAGCACUCGAGAAUAUUGAAGUUCCUGUCGGCUGCCUCAUGGUCUAUAACAAUGAAGUUGUGGGGAAGGGAAGAAAUGAAGUGAAUCAAACAAAAAACGCUACUCGGCAUGCUGAAAUGGUGGCCAUUGAUCAGGUCCUGGAUUGGUGUCAUCAACAUGGACAGAGCCCUUCGGCGGUAUUCGAACACACGGUGCUGUACGUCACUGUGGAGCCGUGCAUCAUGUGUGCCGCUGCCCUGCGCCUCAUGAAAAUCCCGCUGGUCGUCUAUGGCUGUCAGAAUGAACGGUUUGGUGGUUGUGGUUCCGUCCUAAACAUUGCCUCUGCUGACCUACCCAAUACUGGGAGACCAUUUCAGUGCGUCCCUGGGUACCGUGCUGAGGAGGCCGUGGAGCUCCUGAAGACCUUUUACAAACAGGAAAACCCAAAUGCACCAAAAUCAAAAGUUCGGAAAAAGGAUUGUCAGAAAUCCUGAUGCUGUAGUGAUCAAGGACUAGUGUUGGAGACCUGGACAGAAUUCCGGACUGAAUGCUGCUGGCAUCACUGGUCACGUUUACAUGUUAUUACUGUGUGUGAAAAUGGCGUCUCUCAUCAUUUGCUCUGUUAAGGGAACAAAUUAGCCCUUUUGAAAAAGUCUGUAAACGACUAUUAGCUCUUCCACCAAGCUGAAAGAAUGUUUCCAGGAAGGGGAGGGAUUAAAGUUUGAGAUCAGCAAGCAAUGCCUGCCCUUGACCCACAGCCUUAGCCCCGGCUUCAUGAAGCUCUUUGUGGCUG